AACGUUGUUGCAGCUAACUGCUCUCCGGGUGGGACCGGGAUAUCCCCCGCCGGUCCAGAGGGGGGGGGUGUGGAGUCGUGCUUAUCUUAGCUUUAUUCAGCGGAAGCAGAGCGGCCGUCUCUCCCUCGGUCUGAGUCCAGUAGGCCUCAACCUGCUGUUGCGGUUCCGGUCGCCUUAUGGUGUUGACUAAGGUAUCCACCUGUAGGGUUAGGUGCCCCCAGCUUGGGAAUCCCCUUGAGUAGAGGUCACCAGGUUGUCAACCCAGGAUAUCACCGGGUAUUCGGCAUUAACAGCAGGAGCUUGUGUGAUGCACGUCUUGCCUGCUUGCAGUCCAAGCUCCGCCCCCUUUUAACGAUUUUUUUGAAGGCGUGGAGACUGGGUGAGCAUCUAACGGAGGAGGGAAGCGAGUUCCACAGGAACUGUGCAGCCCUCGAGAAAUCUUGAAGGCGAGCAUCAGAGGUGGGAGUACGGACAGAAGAUAGACUUAAGAUCGUAAGGGCCUAGACAGGACAUACUUGUGUAUAAGGGAGGAUAGAUAGGUGGGAGCAUAUAUACGCGGCGUGUGUGUUUGUGCUUUAGGGUGCACACCCUAAUGCAAUAGUCUGCACAUGCCUAUGGCAAAGGAGGUUGGCCUGCUUGUCCUUUUGGCAAGAUUGUGGUCGGGAGUGUGUUAAGGCAUGUGUGAGGUCCACUAGGGGUCUGCAUUAAGCGUGUGUGCUGAUGAGUGUUAUUGAGGUUGUCAAGCGCGUCUUUUGUCGGUAGAUUAGUGAUUGCACCAGGAGCAGUUUAAACACAAUAAAACAAUUUUAAAUAAAAAGCAAUAGUCAUUAGUGUGACGUAUUAAGUAAACUUAAGUAGAAGACCCAACUGGGUUAUUAAGUAUGUCAAGCGUUCAGGUCACAGUCCCCUGUUCUCCCAGGUACAAAAGGGGCAAUUUGUGAUACAUCCCAGACAUGGUUGGUUGGUGAAGAUGGUUGUGUCUCAGAAAGUCUCAGGGCUUGCAGGAUGUUCAGGCCCUCCAAUGGUCCUGUUGCCUUGUGGGUGGCCCCAUCUUUAGUGACCGUGAGAGGCCUAGGGUAGGUCCACCGAUAGGCAAGUCCAGCCUUCUGUCGGGCCUGUGUGGUGGGACACAUGGAUUUUCGCCACAGCAGUGUAGCUUUGCUCAGGUCCUGGAAGAAGGUGAGGGAAAGAUUCUCGAAUAGAAGCAGGGUUUUGCCCUGUAGAGUGUGUAGUAUUCGCUGUUUGUCGAUGUGGGUCUGACAGCAUAGGAUGACAUCUCGUGGGACUUAUAAUUGUUCCCAUCCGGGUUGUGGAGUGGAAGGGAAAGAUUAUAGGGGUCGUCGCAUAGAAGGUGGAGGUGGUUCGUCAUGCUUGUAGUUGUGGGGGUUAUUUCGGUGUUUGGGAGUGCGUCGGUUGUGUCACAUACUUCAAGUGGGGGCCUGGCUGUUAUGUGGGGAUGGGAAAUACAAAGAACCAUGGAUCCCAGAUUUUUUUUUUUUUUUUUUAUAAUUCUUUAUUUUUGACAGUGCAGCAGGGAGUAUACAGAUUGCAGUGGUAUAAACAUAUACAUUUCCAUAAUAGACAAUUGGCAAGCAGAGAUGGUUAUAUGUGCUGCACUGUUAUUUUUGGGUUAAAGGCGUGGUAUACAUAGAAUACAUCAAUUAUAGGGUAUUCCCAGCCCAUAUGGUGACAUCUGUCCGCUAUUGUCGUGUACGGUAUGUGGCUAAUCAGAAGGGUUGGCCAGAAGGCGUCACAUAUGUCGGCUAGGCUUGUAGGUAAGUAUAUGUUAGGCAGGUGAGUCGAGUCGAGGGUAAGAAAAGUAUGGUGAGUGAAGUAAGGCAAUUUAUGAGUGGAUACAUCUAGUGUUGUCCCCAGGGUGUGUAUGUGCUGUUGCGUCAUUGGGUCUCAAGUAUCCCUGUUUGGGGUUACCUCUCCGGUAUCGGUUGUAAGUCUCAGGCUGCAUUUCUCUAGGGUGUUGAGGCCCGGAGGGGGGGUGGGGGGGGAGGGGAGAAAAGCCUCGUCCGUGUUUAUGUAUCCUCAGGUCAGAGGGAGUAUCCCUGUAACAUAGGUCGGCUGUGUUGGCCUAAGUGUGUGAGGCGUUGCGAGGGCUAUAUUAAACAGUCAACCAGUGAAAAAGUAACAAAAGAAAACAAAAGCGUAGACUUAAGAAAAAAAAAAAUAAAAUAAAAAUAAACGUAAGCAUUUUGGGAACAGAGAGAAAGUUCAAACCAGUAUUAAGGGUUAUAAGUCCGAGUGGUCAUCGGUGGUGGUUAGGAGGAGCCCAGUCGUCCAACCAGUGAGCUGAGGGUGGCUGCUCGUAGAGUAAUCUUCAGGUCAUUCUCUCUUGUCCUAGGCGUCGCCCCGUUCGGGUGGUGAAUUCUUUGAUGGCAGAGGGGUCUAUGUGUGCUAGUCCUGAGCCGGCCUCUCUCUGCGGUCCCAUGAUGCCGAUCUUAUGUAGGUGAGCUUCAAGUUCCGUGUAGGUCCGGGCCCUGUAGACAGCAUUCAUGUGAGUGAAUAGAAUCUGCUUAGGAAUUCCCCAGCGGUACUGGAUCUCUUGCGCUUGAAGGAUGUUCAGCAGCGUUCUCAGUGACCUUCGCCAUGCGAUGGUGUUGCGGGUAAGAUCCUGGAACAGCGUUAGGGAUGAGCCUUCGAAGUGCAUUGGGGUCUUCCCCCUUGUGGCUGUGAGCAGCAGGGCCCUAUCCGACAUUGAUUGAAAUCGUAUGAUAAGGUCUGCGGAGGCAGUCAUGGGCGCUGUAGGCGGUUUUGGUAGGCGAAAUAGGCCGUCUAGUUUCACCGCUUUGGCCUGUUUGGGUGGCAGCAGCGUGGUGAGCAGUCGGCGGACAUAGUGAGAUAAGUCAGUUAGACCUAUCGAGUCCGGGAUGCCGCGGAUUUUAAGGUUGUAGCGCCUUUUCUGGUCCUCCAUGGCGUCCACCCUGUCGGUGGUUGUCAGCUGUUGCUUUUGCAGUUCUGCAAUCUGGUUUUCCAACACGGUUAGCCUGGAGUCUUGGGUACUAGUUGUGGCCUCUAGGAGAGUGAUCCGGGAGGUAGCGCUUUCAAUGGCUGUUUUGAAGUAGGCCAUAUCUGCUGCUAUAUUCGCCCUAAGCUCAGCCAGCAUGUCUUUCAGCUGGGCUGCUGUUACGGGUUCAGCCAGGGCUGGAUGUUUGUUUGGCUGCGGGUCUCAUGGGUACAUCGAGUGGUAUCUCCUCUCCGAUGUCGAGCGGGUUGGCUUCUGAGGAGUACGAGGAGUCAUCCCCCUCCAGCGCCAUUUUGUCCCAUGCGGCCCUUUGGGCGCCCCUCAGGAGUUCACCGAUAUCUCGGCUUGUCGAGGUCCGAUCGCUCUUGGGUUUUUUGCUUUUCAGUCCCAUUUUCAUUAACUCCCCCUCUGGUGUUGGGGUUAGGCUUCGGAGGUGUCCGUUCACAGUAUAUAUUGCUGUUUAAGCGAGCCAGGCUCGGAGCUCGGGGAAAACGUGUCCUCUCUGUUCCACAGUUGGCUCCGCCCCCCGGAUCCCAGAUUUUUAAGGAUGAUUUUACAUAUUUUUACAAAAUUAUUUUGUUUAGUUUCUCUUUGUUAUUUUCCCACCAUUUUUUUUUUUUUCUAUGUUAUUUUAUUUAUGUUUGAAUUUUUAAUUUGUUUGAAUUUUUUUUUUCAUUGUAUUGUUGGUAACUUUGUAGACUCGUUGUUAAAACUCAUGUAUUAUCAAUGUGUAUUGUCGAUUUGUUUAUUGUUAUUACAUUAUUUUUUUUAUUUAUAUAUAUUUAUAUUUGAAAAACUCAAUAAUAAUAUUUGAAACAAAUAAAAAAAAAGGAAAAUUACAGGUGAAAAAGCAAAAACAAAAUUCCAUUGAUCCUUAAUACACAGCCAUGCAAAAACCUUGGCUUUUAAAGGGCUUAGUAAAAACGGUAUUGUCCAGCAUAUACAUAACACCUUUGGUGUUCUUUCUGGGUUAGGGAUAAUGAUUACUUUAAGAAUUGUAUGGAACAAUGAUGGCAUAAUGGGAGGCAGGGGGGGUUCACUUAAUAUGAAAGAGGUAAAUUAUGGUUGAACAGACUUAUAAUGCAAAUUCCAUGUUUUAUUUUGAUUAGAACUUGUACAAUUUCCUCCAUUCUUAAGGGGUUAAAGAAGGAUCAUAAUUAAAUUAUAAAGGCAGGAGGUUUGAAUUUUAAUUUCUCAAAAAAACUAACAUAUUAUUACUUUUAGGACACUGUAGUGGUAAAUGACCGGUGGGGAAGUAACUGCUCAUGCCAUCAUGGUGGGUACUACAACUGCGCAGAUAAAUACACACCCAAAACUCUACCGGAUCACAAGUGGGAGAAGUGUACAUCUGUGGACCACUACUCGUGGGGAUACAGACGCAAUAUGCAAAUUAACCAGAUAAUGGAUGCGGGAUCUAUUAUUCAAGUAAGCUGAAAUGUGGCGUGUACUCAAUACACUCGAAAACUAAGGCUAAAAUUAGCAAACUUUGUCUGUAGAUGAGUUGCAGAAUUUUUUUUUUUUUGUGUGUGUGUGUAUUUUGUUUAAAAAGCGAUAAUUUCAGCACCAGGAUCUCUGUUAAGAAAUACAUAUUCUGGGUUGUUCAUCCCAAAUCCUUCUUUUUCUAUGCAUAUUUAAAUCUCUUUGAGUUAAAGAUACACUUAAAGCAGCAUAACCACUGCAGUCCUUAAUUCCUCCUGUGUUUGUUUGUCAAAAUUUUUGAUUGUCUCAGAUGUAUUCUAUUUUAAUAUGUAUUGUGUUUUUGCCUAUACCAAUACCAACUAUGUACAGCGCUACUGAUGUUUUGCUGCUAUAAAAUAGUAUAAUGGUAAUAAUCAAGGUGUGGAUGGAGGACCACCAGACCAAGAUCAUGUCAUGGCCACUCAAAUCUCCAGAUCUACCUUCCUCUUGAUCAAAAUUCUGAGGUUUUCAAAGUCGCACAGCAGCAGUGUGAAAGACUGGUUGAGUCUCAAUGCUCAAUGCAUACUUUAUUAGGGGUUAUGAGAACAAAAGUUGACUGUUUCAGUCAGAGCAGCCUUUGACAAAGAAGCUGUGAUUGCCUGAAGCGUCUUUUUUUUUUUUUUUAAUGCAAGAAUGAUUUUAGGGGGUUUGACAGAUUCUGGAGCACCAACUUUAAGGAGAGGUCUGCUAUUGGUAUAAUGUGAUAACCAGGAGUGCAGUCCUGUUUCUGUUGCAUGAGCGUUGUGACUGACAAUCAGGGUUUUUUCACCAAAUAUGGAUUUCUGAACUCUUCUUAAGUUAAAACAUUAGUAUUGCAUUGUUUUAAAGUGAAUACGAACUUGUUUUCUUUACUUUAUUCAAGUUAUGUCUUCUAUGUCUUCAAUGUCUUCUGUUGUUAUUUUGACCAGAUGUAUUUUUUUUUUUUUUUUAAAUAAAUGCUUUAAAUGACUAUAUUUCUAUUUUGAACUUGGGAGAAACAUUGUCAGUAGUUUGUAAAAUAAAACUGUUAAUUUUACUCAAACACUCUACUUUAAAUAUUAAAACCAGAGAAACUGAUGAUUUUGCAGUGGUUUAUUAAUUUUUUCCAGAGCUGGCACUUGGCACUGCAAGAGUGGAUGCAUGGGUAAUUUUACUUUAUGCAAAUGAGGAGAGGAAGAACUGGAGAAGUAGACAUUUAAAGGGGGACAAAAUUUGUUUUUUUGGGUGUCUAACCACCCACUCCCUCCCCCCAUUCAUAUGUGUUUAAUUUUUCUUUCUACUUUUAAUGCGUUGAUAUCCCUCAGGAACUUGUGCAGACUGUGUGUUAUGGAGGAAAUUACCUUCUGAAUGUGGGGCCCAGCAAGGAAGGUUUGAUAAUGCCCAUCUUCCAGGAGAGACUGCGUGCUGUUGGAAGUUGGCUGAGCAUUAAUGGAGAGGCAAUCUAUUCUUCUAAGCCUUGGCGGGAGCAGAAGGAGAACUCAACAAACUCUGUUUGGUAAGUGAAAGCAAACUUCUGAGCUUUGCAGUGAAGUAUAUUUAUUGAUAAAACCCUACUAUUAAGCUUAAAACAAAGAGUAUUACAAAAACUGCUUAUGGGGGGGCGGGGCCGAGCCGCCAAGCAGCAUGGCAGCAGAGUAGCAUGGCUCCGGGACAGAAUCCUGAAAAAUGCCACACAACUCACACACAAUCUGCCCCAAAGCUGCAGUAGUGAUACGGGGCACCACCCAAGCUACCUUACCAUACCAAACCGCAGCCACAAUCGCAUCAGGAACACCAAAACAGACGAACCUGGCCUACACACCAGCUUGAGCCUAAACAUGGGCAACCGCAGGCCAGGAACUACCACUUAAGAGCUGGACCGGAGGAACAGACAUACAGGUCGAGUGGACCUCUACAGGGAUCUACGCGGCGAGAGCUGCGGCCCCGCUCUGCCCCCCCCCCCCCCUGGCCAGUGGGGGUAAUCCUUGCCACAUGGAGGCCACACAACCCGGGCUGGACACCACCACCUGGGGAACACACGGCCCUCCUGUACAGGCACAGGCUGCCUAACCGUGGCCCGCCUGAUAACAACACCUGAAAUCAAGGGACGUUUAUUACCCAACUGCUUAUUUCAGGUCAGACUGCUGGCAUUACCUUAAGAAGCUGCCCCAUGGAUGUGACACCCACAGGCGGAGAUGGGCACUAGGGGUGAUGCACGUGGGCGGAGGAGGCCAGGCGGGACGCGGCCGCGACAUCCUUGGGACCCGCUGGCUGGAUGCUGCGGCCCUGGGACUGUGCCUUGCUGAGAGCGAAUCGCCGUCACCUCUGGGUUUUGUGGAGGGCCUGGAGGUGGCUGUCCCCGACACUGUGUGCCCUUGUGGAGUGGAGCGCGGCAGCCCCCGGCGGACCGGUGGCUGAGGGGAAGUCUGCGCCUGCCCUGAGAGGCCGGAGAAGGGUGAGACACAAGACGGCCUUCGCCUCAUCCGGCAGGGGCUCCGGAGGCGCUGUGGGGGUGCAGUGGAUGACUGGCGCACGGACUCUAGGUGGGGGGGUCUUGUGGGUUAGUGGGUCCCCGGGUGCCCGCUGCGCUGAGGAUCCCCCGGUCGGAAGCCCGGCAUGACCUGGGGGGGUGCGGCGGAAGGCUGGCGCCCCGGGGACUGGCUGCGGAUGUGUCUGCAGUCUGCUCCCUCUGCUCGGAGUGUGUUGUACCUGCAGCCCGCCCGCUGUCUGGGGACUAAGAUGAAUACGCAGCUUAUGACAAGAGACUCGGCUACACAGCAGAAGCAUACGAGACUGACCAUAUAAGCUGACUUCCAUGCUUGUCUGAAAAUUUCAGAAGUUCUAUAAUAGUACUCUUCUGUACAAGCUGAAUAUUUAGGGAUUCUGGCUCAUGUUAUUAGAUAAUUAGGAUGUUUUAAUAUGAAUAAGUUUAUGGUUUCUUGCUUUGCAUUGCCACCGGAGGCGCUUGUUCACUGAUGUUCUCAAUACACUUGAUCCAUGACAUGCUUAUUUUGCAAUUAGCUAGACACUGCUAUACUGUUACAGAUAUGAUGUAAUGUUGAUGACAUAAUUAUUUCUACUAUCAAUACACUUGAAUCCUGACAUGCUUAUUUUGCAAUUAGCUAGACACUGCUAGGCCGUUACAGAUAGGAUGCAUCAUUGCCUCACGGUGCCUGACUAAUAUACCAUUUCCACCACAUAUGUUUACCGCACCAUACUUAUUGGCGGUUAUUUAAGCUUAACGAAGCCCUUCAUGUUGAACAUGCACAGAGCUUAGCAUCAGCAUCUGUUCGCUCCUAUAUUCUCUCAUCAGUUGAUUCUAAACAAGUUAAGCAUUAUUGGUUUGUUUUUGCAUAUAUCUAUUUUUAAUCCUGUUUAAAACUGAAUGUGAGGUUCAUGCCACAGUGCUCCAAAGGGCUGGUGUAGACCGUUAUAAUUAAUAACACAUACAAAAUGAGCCUCAUAACACCAGAUAUGACGUGGAGGAAUAUAUGACCAGCACAAAGCGUACAUAUGCCUGCUGAAUACUUCUGACAUCUUACCUUUCACAAAGCUCAGGUUUACUCCAUUUAAUUAACUGCUUGUCUAUUCGAAUAUCUAUGCCUCUGUGCAGGCAACCAAAUGCUAUUCCUAGGAAUCCGCAAUAAGCCUGCUCACACUUUAAAUCAGCCUCUGCGCAGGCACAUAUGCAACUAUGUUUUUAUGCAACACUGAGCCUCUGCGCAGGCAACACUCUAUUGAAUUCUGCUUCUCACACUAUGCAUGCGAUUUUUACUGCAAAAACAAUAAAAAACAUUUUAAAACAAAAACUGCUUAUGAUUUGAAAAAGUCUGCGUGUGUCUGUCUGUCAGUGUCAUUUCUAGGAUAUUUCCGCUCUAUGCCUAAACCUACAUAAUAAGGUGCCUGGAGACUGGCAGGCUUAUUCAACAAAGUGUGAUUUUCAAAUUUGAAGCAAUAAUAAUUGAAAUAUAGCUGAUUUGGAUUUUCUCCAGUUAUGCUGUGGUGUUGUGAAAGUUUAAAUUCACUGUGAAAUCCUGACAAUGCACACAGUGAUUAGCCCUGUAAGUCUGGAGUAACGAUGACCUUAGCACUGGUUCAGUAACUGAAUAUUACAGAAGGUCAGAAUCUAAAACAGACUUCACACCAGAGAGAGUGGCAGGUCCGGUACACUUAGAAGCAGGAAAGAGAUCGACAGCCAAACAGCCUGUUUUCAUUGUAACCUCAAUCUACAUCUCCAUUCUUUCUUCGUCUACAAGUGGAUAGACACAAGGUGCGUGGGUAAGAGUGAGUUUGUAGAUUGCACAAACAACAUUGUCUGUCCAUAAGCGAGAACAGACAUCUCUGAAGUAAGAUCACAUAUAUAUUGAAAAAUGAGACUUGCCUGUAUUUGUAGAGUAAGCAAAUAAUCCAAGCUAACUCAUAACUUUAAAUUACAUACUCAUAUACUCCAACUUUAUGUUGGAUCAAAUAAUACAUAACUGUACUCUUAAAAGAACUCUCUAAGCACUAUUCUUAUUAUUUUAUAGGUACACCAGCAAUGGCAAUAUAGUAUACAGUAUCUUUUUCAUAUGGCCCUCAGACAAUGUGCUGACGCUUCCUUCCCCCAAAUCAACCUCUUCCACCAAAGUAAGUAUCACAAAAUACUUUUAAACUGAUUUUGUUCAUAGUUACAACACGCAGUCCUGUUCUAGAUAGCAAGUAAAUAAACUCUUCUUCUGUGCCUAGAAAUGAGACCAUAAUAUAGUGAUAAUAUAUGAAUCAAUUUUACUUUCCACAGGUAACCUUGCUGGGGAUCACUGGUUAUCUUCCUUGGAAACCAGACCAAGGGCUAGGGCUGCAUGUUCAGCUACCCACCAUUCCUCCAGGAACGUUUCUUGUUGCCAGUGGAUGGACUCUAAAACUGGAGGGUGUAAAUUAA